CGACAGCUGCACAAAUCGACCACCAUCAUGAUAAGUCGUACUCCGUGGUUAGAAGCGCUACGCUCCUCUUUCCAUCGCCAACUCUCCGCUGAGGAAUAGUAUAUCUUUAAUCUCUCCGACACUGGCACAGAGGUCCCGCUUCUGUGCAUCUAAGAAGACGAUGUCUUCUUGAUGGGCGGUCCGACAAAGCCACAGGGACUUUCAAUGAUCUUCUGGACGCUCAGUUGUUCGCUACUUGGGCGAACAAUCACUAAUUUUCGCAGUCAUGAGAUUGAUUUUAUUUGGUCAUGGAGGUCCUAUAUUACUUCCAGCGGUCCGUGUCCAAGGCCACUUCAUUUAUAAUGAGAAGAGCAACUAGCCUGGUAGGGGUGCUCGCAACAUGCGUCCGUCUGGCACAUCCUUUAAGCUUGUCGUGCUUUCUGCUCUCCCGGCUAUAUCGACUUUGGUUGCUCCUAAUGCUCUUGAUCUGACGAUCACAACGAACCUCGUACAUGAGAUUCCAUCAACACUGUAUGGAUACAUGUGGGAAGAUAUAAACCACAGUGGGGACGGUGGUCUGUACGGUGAACUGCUGCAGAAUAGGGCACUUCAAGGCGUUAUCCCCGGCACCCAAAACGCGUUAAACGCAUGGCAGCCAUACAAUGGUGCACGUUUGUCGGUCACUUCACAAACCGAUGGCGUAUCUUCUUCGCUACCGAACAGCUUGCAAGUCCAAAUACCCAAGGUUGUUUUCGGAGAUAUUGGGUUCGAAAAUUCUGGUUAUUGGGGCAUCAAGGUUCAGGCUGGAUGGAUUUACAAAGGAUCUUUCUAUGUGAAGUCGGGCAAUUUCACUGGUCCUCUAACAGUGUCUCUGAAGUCAGCCCAAGGGACAAUAUAUGCGUCAAAAACAUUAGACGGAGUAUCCUUGGAAUGGCAGAAACUUACCUUUGAAUUACAGCCUGCUGUCUCCGCCCCGAGUGAUGACAACGUAUUCAGUGUUGUCCUCGAUGGAAGCAAAGCUGCGGGCCAAACGAUAUUCUUUGGUUUGUUCUCGUUGUUUCCGCCGACUUUUAGAGGGCGUGAAAAUGGUAUGCGAAUUGACUUGGCGGAAGCCAUAGCUGCCACUCAUCCCUCCGUUUGGAGGUUUCCGGGGGGUAACAAUCUAGAGGGAGCCAGUUUCGAUUCGCGUUGGAAAUGGAACGAGACAUUAGGACCUCUUGAGGAACGCCCUGGUCGCAUUGGUGAUUGGGGUUAUCCUAAUACGGAUGGACUGGGUCUUCUGGAGUACUUGAACUGGGUGGAAGACCUUGGGGCAGAGCCCAUCCUCGGUAUUUGGAGCGGGAUCUCAAUAUCUAAUUAUUCUGAUCUUGCAACAUGGCCGAUCGUACCUGAAGAUGACCUUCAACCAUUCAUAGACGAUGCUUUGAAUGAGAUUGAUUUCAUUGUUGGCGAUGCGAGGACAAGUGUAUGGGGGCAUUUGCGUGCUAGUCUAGGGAGGACGGAGCCUUAUCAGCUCCGAUUGAUUGAAGUAGGUAACGAGGACCAGUUCCAACCAGAAUCUUAUGCUGGAUACCGCUGGAAUUCGUUUGUGUCCGCUAUCGAGAACCGAUUUCCCGGACAAUUUGAAUUCAUUGCGACCACUUACCCGUCUACAGCACUCAAUCCGGCAUAUCUCAAGAUUGAUUUCCACGAAUAUGCCGACCCGAGCUGGUUCACAACCCAUGCGUUUAUGUUUGAUGACUAUCCGCGUAACGGCACCAAAUUUUUCAUUGGAGAAUACGCCGUUACGUCGACAAAUAGUACCGACCUCCUGGGCGCUAUCUCCGAUGGUCGCUUGCCCUACCCUACCCUUCGAGGCGCCGUUGCAGAAGCGGCAUUUAUGACUGGAUUGGAGCGAAAUUGUGAUGUUGUCUUUGCUAGUGCUUACGCGCCAUCAUUACAGCACAUUAGGAACUAUCAAUGGACGCCGGACAUCUUGACAUAUGAUUCAAGCCGCGUCGUCAAGUCUACCUCUUACUACGUGCAACAAAUGUUUAGUGUCAACCGAGGAACACAUGUUCUAGAGACCUUCCCUGUGUCAACCAUCGAAACGGAACCCUUAUUCUGGGUGGCGAGCUACAACAAUAAAACCGAGGUUGUCUUCUUGAAGGUUGCAAAUGUGGGGACCACCGACUUGGUGGCUGACAUCUACUUGGAUUUCUCCUUCACGGGAUUCGGUACCGCGAUUUCCAUCAGUACUCCCACUCUAAGUCCGAUUAGUGGACAAUUCGAUGUGGCGAAUACCCUCGAGAAGCCUGACCUUAUUAUACCCGUUGCUUCCAGCUUCGCCAUACCCGAGCUGGGGAGAUUUAACUAUACCUUCCCAGCUAUGAGCGUGACUGUUGUCUCUCUUCAAGUAUCCGAUGGACUUUGAUCGAAAGUCGUUCGUGAAGAAUCAUGCAUUCAUGAUCGAAUGAUCAAAGAAGUUUCAUUUCAUUCGAUGGGGCGGAUGACGUAUGUACUAUAUAACAAUAUGUAACCUGUAAGAACGGGUCCGGAAGCCAGUUCCGAUAUCCACCUGUUGCACAGUGGAUGUACACACGAGGCGUUCUAAUCAUAAUUCAAUUGGUUCAA